CGUCAACGAUCAACAUCAGCCAUCAGGGAACGAAGAAGAGUACUUUCGAAAAUACGCCGAGAGUAUUCCUGAUGGUGAAACGAGCGUUGCUUCAUCGAACGCAGCUAAAGAAAACAACAUCUAUGUAGUUGGUGGUACGAUGCCUGAAAUAGAGGGCGAUAAAUUGUACAAUACCUGUACUAUUUGGGGUCCCGAUGGAACUUUGAUAGCAAAACACCGAAAGGUACAUCUAUUCGACAUCGACAUUCCUAAUAAGAUUACUUUUCGAGAGAGUGAUUCACUCAGUCCUGGUAACUCCCUAACGACGUUCGAUGUGAAGGGCUGCAAAAUAGGUAUUGGCAUUUGCUGUGAUAUUAGAUUCGAGGAAAUGGCACGCAUUUAUCGGAACAAAGGCACGGAUUGGCUUGGUCUUUGAUCAGAACGUCGGCUAUUAUACUCGAUAAAUUUUCAUUAUCCCUCGUGUCAUCAAUUUCGCGGCACGGAAAUUCAUCGUUGCUCGAACCACGCGAAAAAUAUCCAGGCCAAAGGAACGAACGAGAGAG